AUGGAGUCUUCAGGGAAUGACUGCACUCGUCACCGGUGGAACCAAAGGACUCGGACUCCAAGUGAAAAUAAUCUGAUUCAUGGUAAUGAUCAUUCUGUUUCUAUUGUAAUCAGGCAUGCUGUUGUGGAGGAAUUUGCAGAGCUAGGUGCCAUCGUCCAUACAUGCUCCAGGAAUGAAGCAGAGCUUAAGGAAUGCUUACGUGAAUGGGAAAAGAAAGGCUUCAAAGUCAGUGGUUCAGUCUGUGAUGUAUCAUCUCGACCUGAAAGAGAGAAGUUAAUGAAGCAAGUCUCCUCUCUGUUUUACGGCAAACUCAACAUCCUUAUAAACAAUGCUGGGACAAAUAGGACCAAACCCACUGAGGAGUACAAGGCUGAAGACUUUUCUUUUCUCAUGACCACCAAUUUGGAGUCCGCUUACCACUUGUCUCAACUUGCACAUCCUCUUCUGAAAGCUUCAGGAUCAGCAAGUAUUAUUUUCAUGUCUUCGGUUUGUGGUGUAGUAUCAGUAAGUGUAGGAUCCAUAUAUGCUGCUACAAAAGGAGCCAUGAAUCAGCUUGCCAAAAAUUUGGCUUGUGAAUGGGCAAAAGACAAUAUAAGGACCAAUUCUGUGGCGCCUUGGUUUAUCAGAACUCCCCUAGCUGAACCUCUUCUGAAUGAUGAGAAAUUAUUGGAGGAAGUAAAAUGGCGAACUCCAAUGGGACGAAUCGGGGAGCCAAAGGAGGUGUCAUCUUUGGUGGCGUUCCUUAGCCUACCUGCAGCCUCGUACAUAAGUGGACAGACUAUUUGUGUGGAUGGAGGAUUUACAGUCAAUGGCUUCUUCUUCCCCAGAUCAUAACUUACAAGAAACACCCAAAAGGCCAAUUCAC